CACGCCCCAAGCAUAUCGCUGCGUCCCCAGAGACUUUUGCGCUUGUCCGUGCAAACAGGCAGAAAAACCAAUGUCUACUAUUUCAGACUCGUUCGAUGACUCAGUUCCUCAAUCUGAGUCAAAUCGCUCAUUCGAAGAAGAUAACGGUGGUUACGCCGACUACAACUCCCAACAAUUCGACUCUUUCUCCGGCGGAGAUGAAGUUUUCGAGUCGCAUCAGCCGGUGUACGGAGUCGGCGGAGAGUUUAAGCCGGAGGAGAAUGGAAAGGGAUUCGAUGGAGAGUUUGGCGGAUCGGACGGUCCGAUUUUGCCGCCUUCAUCAGAGAUGGGGAUUGAGGAGGGAUUUGCGCUUAGAGAAUGGAGAAGAGAGAAUGCAUUGAGAUUGGAGGAGAAGGAGAAGAUGGAAAAAGACCUAUUGAAACAAAUAAUCCAGGAAGCUGAUGAAUACAAAGUUGAGUUCUACAGGAAGAGGGAGAUCACCUGUGAGAAUAAUAAAGCCACUAACAGGGAAAAGGAGAAGGUAUUUGUUGCCAACCGGGAGAGAUUCCAUGCUGAGGCAGAUAAUAAUUAUUGGAAGGCCAUUGCGGAGCUCAUUCCUAAUGAAGUGCCAGCCAUAGAGAAAAAGAGAGGGAAGAAAGAUCAGGAGAAGAAGCCUGGCAUUGUUGUGAUCCAAGGUCCAAAGCCAGGGAAACCCACUGAACUCUCAAGGAUGCGCCAGAUACUUAUAAAAUUGAAACACAACACACCUCCUCACCUAAAGCAUUCUCCACCACCAGCACCAGCCCCAGCUAAGGAUGGUAAAACGAGUGAAGAUGCAGCUGCUACUGCUUCUGUCAAGGCUGCUGCUGUGGCAACCACUCCUGAGGCUGUAGCUGUUACUUGAUUGUUUUCUUAUCGACGCUGUCAUUAGUUUACAUGUAAAAGCUUUGUUACACUUUACCUUGUCGUGUAGCUUCAGGCUUUGUCUAGUGGACAUGGUAUUGGUACAUCGGAAUGUUCAGAUUGUGCAAGGUUAUAUUUCUCGUCUGUCCUAUGUAAAGAACUCGGUCGUAUAGAUUAUGUCCCUAUUUAUUGCUCUUAGAA